ACUUAGAACCCUAGGCUAGCUAAAUCAAAUUUCGGUGCGUCAGGGGUAGAAGUAGACCCAACGGAGGCGGAGGAUUCAUGGCGGCGAUGCUUGCCCGGAGAGCUCUUAAGUCAGUUAGGUACUCUGAUUCGAUCACUCGUUCUCGAUCCUUGAGCACGAUCUCUGCCGCGCGUCAAUCCGAGUCCGAUGGUCAGCCAUCGUCGACGUCGUUUACUUUCGACAAGCCGGAGGAACAACCCGUCUACGUGAAGGCGAAGAAUGCUCGUCGGAUGGACGAAGCCGCGACGUCGGUGACGAUGCCGACGUCAUUCAUGACGGGCUCGAUCGUGGGGAAGAGAUUUUACCGGAAGGUGACCACGAGAGAGGCGGACGAUGGAAAUGGAUGGACGGUGAUGCUCGAUUACAGAACCCUAAAAACCCCUUCGAAAAGGCCUCUCAAGUUGCGAUCUUUAGCUCUGGCAAAGGCCAUUGCAGCUGAAUGGGAGUACCAGCAAAAAGAUGGCAUCAGGCCCUUCACAAUGCCUCUCAUGAAACUUGCAUGUACUGCCCUUGAGAGAGUUCCUCUUACCCGUUCCAAGACCAUCGCAAACCUGGUGGAUAAGAUGAAUCAAGAUCUUGUUUUCUAUCGUGCUCCUGAUGAUAACGACCUGACUAGCGAAAUUCACAAUCGUCAGGUAGAGAAGAUCGAUCCUCUACUAAAGUGGGUAGAGUCAGAAUUCGGGUUUAAGCCAAAAGUGUAUUCUAGCAUCUUCGGGGGAAAACAAGACGAUGGACUCUUGAAAGCGGUGGAAGAUCUUCUAAAGAAGUCGAAUGACUAUGAACUGGCAGCCAUUGAUGCACUUUCAGCAGCAGCUCAUUCUCUCGUGAUUGCUAUUGGCAUCUUUCGUGGGAAAUUGCAGAUCGAGGACGCAAUCGAAUUGACCAGACUCGAAGAAGAUUCGCAGGUGGAUAAGUGGGGACUGGUUGAAGGGGGACAUGACAUUGAUAUUGCGGAUCUAAAAGUCCAAAUCUCGUCAGCCACUGUGUUUCUCGGACUAUCCCAGACAAACUGAUUUCUGCAGGAAAUCGGUAGUAGCGUUGGGUCAGGGCUCGAGUUGGCAGCACUUUUCACAAACCGGCGGCUGUUUCUCAAUGUUACAGCCACAACAAGCUGUUUCACAGUUGUUGUUGCAACCUUGGGAAGAAAAACAUCAAGAGCUUGAGAUUCAAGAUGCUGCAAAUUACCCUUCUAAGUUCCCAUUAACAGUGAUUAAGCUAUGUUACCUUCUACGGUAAUAAUAUAUGAGGAAACUUCGGAUUCCCGAGAACUUGGGCGAGGAAACUGAAACCUGUUAGAAGCCUGCACGAUAUAAUAACACAUGGCAACGCAGAACAAGGAGAAGAAGAACAAGGCUGUUUCUGAUGGUGGCAUCCUCUUUUUUCUUGUUUGAUUCUAGUUCUUGAGUUGGGUGUGUUUGAUUAUAUAUAUAGUUUGGUGAUAUGUCGAGGAAGGUGAACGACCAAACUAGUGAUAUGAUUAGGUCUGAUAUGAUCAUUUGAUAACA